AUGGCAGAAAACUCCAUCAUCGACCCGAACGAAGGUCAAUCACCCUCGGCUCUCGAGGAUAAUGGCGUUGAAGGCGGCCGCCCUCAGAAAAGACAACGCACAUCCAACGCUGCGCCAGCAGAUGAUGCCGAUUCCGACGAGGACAAGCCCGGCCGCGAGAGAAGAAAGAUCGAGAUCAAGUUCAUCCAGGACAAGUCGCGUCGUCACAUCACCUUCUCCAAGAGAAAGGCCGGCAUCAUGAAGAAGGCCUACGAGCUGUCCGUCCUCACCGGCACUCAAGUCCUUCUGCUUGUCGUGUCUGAAACCGGUCUCGUCUACACCUUCACCACCCCGAAGCUCCAGCCUCUGGUCACCAAGGCCGAGGGCAAGAACCUCAUCCAGGCUUGCCUCAAUGCACCCGAGCCCGCUGACUCGAACGGUGUCGACGGUGAAUCCACUGUCGAGUCUCCCGAGGACACACACGCCAACGUCCCCGCUCCAGCCGCCGGCAUGCAGCCCCGCCCCGCCGGCAUGCCCACCAACCAAUACGCCAUGACACCCGACCAGCAACAGGCCUUGCAGUACCAAGCAUAUCUCCAGCAACAACAGCAGACCGGCGCCUAUCCCAUGUCUGGUGCACCCAUCCCUGGCCGUCACCCCGGACACCAAUAG